CAGAGUCGGUGACUUUUGCGAGGCUGCCACGUAGAUGUCUGUCUGGAUGAUUGACGUAUUGUAGCUUUAUAGCACUUGUAAUGAGACCAACGAUACAUCUCCUUCUACUCCUUCUCAUAGUGCCGUUUCAGCUUCUUAUAUCACACUGGAUGACGCCUUCAGCGGUUGAAAGAUCCAAGAGAAUACAAAGUUUGACACAGUGGUUGAGUGGAAUAGGAAUGAAAUUCAAAAAGUGGACUGCAAGCUUGAAAGACUUUGAAAGCUGGAGAAAUGUCUUUCAAUCUGCUCUGCGUAAUCCGUAUAAGAGACGAACAACAUCAAAACAAAAAAGGAAACAAUCAGAUCCAGAACACAUUGAUUCAAUAGAAUAUAAAAGAGACAGUAAUUUAGAGGGGCAGUCACAUGCGUCACCUGCACAUGAAGUUCUAAAGUUUGACAGCUAUUACGAUCAAUAUGUGCGAAAGCAAUGGCAACCCUCACCCAAGGAAGAGCACUUUGCGUAUUCAGAUAAGGUGCGGCUACGAUCUAAACUUGACAGGAAGGUGAAGUUUCGGAUUGGACAAGUUGUGAAGCAUAAGCUGUGGGGAUAUCGAGGAGUCAUUGUUGGCUGGGAUGAGUUUGCAAAGGCACCAGAGUCAUGGCUAAGGGCAAAUCACCCUACAGAUCGUCCAGAGUGGCGCACACAACCGAAUUAUGCUAUUCUUGUACACACUGGUGAUCGACUAGACCCACAGAUAACAUAUGUACCUGAAGAGAACAUAGAAAUCAUCUCUAAUACCAAGAUUUCUCAUCCUUCUCUAAAAAAUUAUUUUAAUGAAUUUGAUGGAUCACAAUAUCUGCCAAGCAAGAAGCUCAAGAAAUUGUAUCCAGAGGACUAGCAGAAGUAGUGAUUGUUAUGUGGUCAGCCUGCAGACCAAAUGGAUACAGAGUGUUCAACUAAUUAUUGUACUGGAAAAUCUUUUCAAAGAAAUUCUUGUGUUUGGCAAUGAUGAAUGAACUCUAUCUGCAGCAUAAGUCAAGCACAUGCAUGUACCUGUACUGUUAUAGUCUUGGUACAGUAGCUAUUAAGGUCAAUCAAUUUCUAUGUUA